AUGGAGAAUUAUACGGAUGCGCUGAUAUUCUAUAGAAAAGCGUUGGAUAUCAGGGAGAAAAACCUGCCGCCUGAUCACCUUGAUCAUGACGGUAUUUGCGUACAUGUUGGACGAAAGCAACUUGUUACAAAAGAGAAUUCUAAUGCACAGCGCUCUUCUCAAACAACUUUCGAAAUGAAUGAGAAAUCAUAUCAGCAGGCUUACCGUAGUGUUGCUAUUGUAUACAAAAAUAUGGGGCUUGCGUGUACUAAGAAUAAAGAUUAUUCGAAUGCCCGCGCCUUUUAUCAGAAGACAUUGGAGCUAGAGGAGAAAUUUACUCCUCCGGAUGACUAUGAGCUAAGUGUCACUUAUAGUGGUCUUGGUAUUCUACACAUGGCUCUUGCCGAAUACUCAACUUCAUUAUCGUUUUUUCAAAAAUCAUUGGAAAUUCGAGAGAAAAUCUUUCCUGCGAAGCAUCCAAAAAUCCUCAAACCUUACAGUAAUCUGGCUGUGUUAUAUAAGUGUAUGAAAAACUACUCCGCUGCACUGUCAUUUUUCCAAAAAGCUCUGGAAACCGACUCCAACAACUCGUUUGAGAAUCAGUUGAUACGGAUCAAUGUUUACUCACAUCUGCAUGAUAUCUAUCGUUUAAUGGGAGACAACGGUAUGGCAAUGCUAUAUGCACAGCUCGUUGUGAACUCAAGUGAGGACCGCAAAUGA